GGAGGCUGCUUCACAAUGGUCGCCCGGGUGACGCGGCCGGGCCCGGCCCUCCGGCCCCUGAAGGCACCCGGCGAGCAGCGGCGCUGGCCCACCAUGACAGCAGCCCAGAAGUGCAGCUUCUUCCCUCAGGAGCCCUACUACAUCCCUGGAUAUGGAGGCUUUUACCCUCAGGUUCGCUACCAUGUUGGGCAAAGCUACGGCAGAACCACCUCCAGGAUGCUGACUGACCCUGAGGUCCGCAAGAGCCCGUGCUCCGUUCUCACACCUUUGAGGAGACCCAAGUUCACCGAAGACUUCAGCCAGCAGAAACUCCCUGCACCAGACAGGAUGGAUCAGGGCCAGUCGUACAUCCCAGGAUACACAGGAUUUGUACCCUACAGCGGUUGCUUUCCUAUUCCAGGCCAAGACUUCCAGCUCCCUUUGCCAAGGGUUCUUCUUCCCCUGCCUGACCCUCCUCGAUGGACCCAUCCAGCACCACCGGCAGCUCAGAGAAAAGUCAUUCCCUGUCAUCCCGGCAUCCGGCUGGCCUGUGGGCCCGGGUGGAGGCAGUUUGCAGCCACAGCCAGUUCACAGCUGGUCUCCCCGAAAGGGGAGCAAAGGUUUCUCUGCCACCCGGACAUUGCGCUGGUGUGUGGUCAGGAGGAGCGCCGAGGACCUUGCAAGACUGGCAUGUCCUUGGUGUGUGGACAGGGCUGGAGGGGGCCUCCUUGCCGGCCAGGAACUGAUCAGCCAACCAGGACCGAAGGAGUGCCUUUGCCACUGGUAACAGAAACAGUGGAUGUGAGGCGGUUUGACCGGACCCCCAAGCUGGAUCUGCCCAACCUCAUUCAGCGAAAAGCUAUCUCAGGAUAUGCUGGAUUUAUCCCAUGCUUCACCUGGAUUAUGGGAGUCAACUACCUGAAUGGAGUGAAAGAUGCCAUGAACAAUUUUGAUAGAAACCAGGAAAGGCUGAGAAACCCCAUGUAUAGUUUUGGACAGCGCCUGCCCCACACUUACUGGCCCAACACAAAGAUCUACAACAGCAAAGGUCUGGUUCCAUUCUACACCGGGUUUGUGCCAACUAUCCGUGAAAAUUAUGCCCUAACUUUUGGCAACAGCACUCGGAAAGCUUAUUACGAUGAAGUACUGCGGAGACAACAUACAGGAUGAAAAUGUUUUUAAUGUCCGUACAGCAUCAGACAGGUGACAUAAAGACGACACAGCACACAUAAACAGAGGUCUUGAACAAAUAAAGUUUGUGACACCUUUGAACAGAACAAACAGGUGUGACCCCAA